AGUUAAUUCUCAUAUAUGAGCAAAUUAAUCAACCUAGUUAAACACACAGGUGAAGUGCUUAAUUAUAUUAUCUCCCUUUUCAAUUAAUUAAAAAAAUAUCAUAAAUAUAAUACAAUUAAAAAUUAAAGAGGUAGCAUCCGUCCCGUCCUAAUGCAAUUUAAGUUUAAUAAUUAAUUAACAAAGUUCGAACGAACCAAUAAUAUGAUGCCAGCCAUUGGCUGCAACCAAGUAUAGAGUUAUAUAUCGUCAUAAUAGCUUGUUUCCCCAACUAACCCUAUUUAUUGCAUGCUGCAGUCAAUAAUUGCAGUUCCGGCCCUCUCACUACCAACCCAUGUCGGUCUCCAUCGUAAACGUGUUAUCUUAGCAGUGUCCAGUCCAAUCAUCCCAUAUGCUAGCUGGCUAAGCUUCCUUUCUUCCAAGAGCUCGCCCGACUCCCUUCUUGCAUAUAAAUACCAAGCCAUUCAUUCUGCAGUUCUUCACAAAAACGAGUACCAAAACAAUCUAGCUUAAUUGAUUGGGUAGAUAAGAAAACAUGGCGGGGUUUAAUCUACUGAGUGGAAAGCUGGAGGUACAAUUCGCGAUCAGGCUCCCAGCGAGCCAGCACCACGAAAUCUUCAGCGCAAGGCCUCACCACGUCUCCAACAUGGCUCCUGCCAAGGUCAGGAACUGUGCUGUCCAUGAAGGUCAUUUCGGCCAAAAGGGCACCAUCAUUGAGUGGGACUAUGUACAUGAUGGGGAGAAGAAGCUAGCCAAGCAAAUCGUAGAGGACAUGGACGAUGUGAAUUUCUCGACCAGCUUCAAGAUGAUCGAAGGCGAUCUUAUGAAGGAGUACAAGGAGUUCAUGAUUGUGGUGAAGGCAACUCCAAAGUCGGAGAGCACCAGUCUCAUCCACUGGACUCUGGAGUAUGAGAAGCUGAGCGAGGACAUCCCCGAGCCCUUCUCCCUUCUGCAAUUCUUUGUUCAUCUCAGCAAAGACAUUGAUGAUCACCACGCCGAGAAAGAAGCCAAGUAAUAUGAUCGCGACCCAACCUUCGGCCCUUCAUCGAUCGGGAUCGGCCCAGCUAUUAGCUACAAUAUGGGCUCCAACCUGGGGCCGUCCAUUAAAAAAAUUAAAUAAAAUGAAAAGAGUCGGGUCUGUUAGAUAUUCUGGCGGCCAUGUGCUAGAAAUAAUUAAUCGUUUGUGUCUGUGUUGUUAUGUUUGUUACGUUUUAUGGAUUCACUGUAUCCUUAUCGCAAUAUGUCAUGAUGUGCUGAGGAAUGGGGAUGUACAUGCACCAAAAAAUAAUGGUGAAGGCGGAUUGCAUGCGAUGGCAGAGCCAUAAAUUUUAAAUAACAGUGAAGGUGGAGUUGUAUGCAGUUGUACAAUUAUUCACGAAUUGAUUGUUUAUUCGUUCUGAAAUUUGUUUUUAAAGUAACCCAAAACUGAAAAUAUUUUUUCAAACACUUGUAGUCGCAAAUGAUAAAAUCAAUAACUUUAAGAAGCAAGUAAAUCAAUAGAUAUAAUGAUAGAAUGGGCUGAAUAAGGGUAGCCUGAUAUUGAGUUAAAUUGUUAAAUUUUGAAAAUAAUUUGGGAAAGAAAUAAAAUUUUGACUAUUAGACUAAGAAAACAACAACAAAUAAAUUGUAAUCUAAUAAAAAAUAUAUUUAUGAAUAAUAGUAGUAUCCUAUGUUCAAAUCAUCUAAUCUAUCACUUAUAUUUUUUUUCCACCUAUAUGUAAACUACUAUUGAAAUUGGAUAGUUGUUUUUUUUUUUUUUCAAAUUUUAGAGGUGUCAAUGGUAUACUACCAAAACCCCUGGCUGGUUGUAUGGAUAUUAGGUUUGAUAUAUAUGAAGGUUCUUUGUUGUGUCCAUGCAGUCUGCUGGUUCAAGUACCCGAAUCUUCCUAAACGAAGACAUAUCAUUUUUCUUUUAAAAUAACUUUUAGUUGACUAUAUCUUUUUUUGUUUUAAGUCCUGAUUCAAAAGUUUUACACGGAAAAAUAAGAUUAAUUGUAUUCUUCAAAAUUAUAUGUAAUUUGUUAUAUUUUUUAACACAAAAUUGAGAUAUAUAUUAUCACACUGGAUAUUGAUGAAUGGAUUACAAUAAAUAUAUUUGUUAUAUUUAAAAUAAUUAUGAAUUCAAACUGAAUUGAAUGAGCUCAAAUAAGUAUAACUCAUCUUUGAGCAAGCUGUCACUAUCUUAAAAACUUACCUGAUUUCAACUACAUUUUUGUCGACUCCGUCCUGGUAACGCCCUUUCAUUCCUUGCAAUCCUCGUCAGAUUUCAUUUUGCAAAUAAUGAUACAAGUCCUUUUUUUUUCUUCUUUUCAGUGUCAUGAUAGAAGUCGAAAGCUGCGGUAUUUUUCCUUUUAUUUCCAUCGUUGCAAUCCUCGUGAACUUUCAUUAUUCAAUUGCCAGCUAGCUAACCCAACUACUUUCCACAUUAUUGCAGUGUCUGACACGAUCUGAUUCGUUUUGAUAUGUCUAGCAACACAGAAUUUGGAUCCAUUAGAGCAUCUCCAACAAUGCAAUCCUUCUUCACUUUCAAGUGUGGUCCCUACUGCCACCUAAGCAAUUCUAGCAAUUACUUCACUCAUCAAUUUCAUACUAGCUACAUCAAUGCCAUUCCAAUGCAAUUGCACUUUUGGGUCCCACUUACAUUUUAAUACCACACAAAUGGUUGGGAAAAGAAGAAAGAAAAACAAAAACAAACAAAGGACCCACUUGCAAUUGCAUGUCAGAUUUUCAUGGUGUGCAAAUUUUCAUCCCUUGAAAGUGGUCUUGCAUCAAUGCCAUCCACUUUUUCAAUUGCACAUGGCUGCCACCUCAGCUUGCAAUUCCCUCCAUUUGCACCAUUGGAGAUGCUCUUAAUUAGUCAUACGAUCCUCGUUGUACUUCAAUUUAUUUAGAUACGUUUUUUUUAGCUUUUGUUUUCAUUUACGAAUCAAGAUGGCUUCAAGUA